GAGCGUAAAAAUUUUUGUGAAAAACGUAUAUUCAAGAAAAUGAAGUUAAGGGUUCGAAGUAAAGAUAAAGUUCAUAUGAUUAAUGACUUAACUCCUACUUCAACCAUAUUUGAAUUAAAAAGCGCAAUUCAUGCACUAAGUGGAAUCAGCCCUCUUCGACAAGAACUCAAGAUAGGAUAUCCACCACGCGUCUGUGGUGCAAAAGACGACGAAAUUUUAUCUUCCGCUGGAAUUCAAAAUGGAGACCAAAUUAUUCUUGACGAGAAUGCCUUCCCAGAAAUAAUUAGUCAACCUGUUAGUCAACCUGUUGAUAAUGUUACUGGUUCUUUGAAAGCGGAAAGUAUAUCGGUUCCUGUAGAAAAUGGGUUUGUCGUUUUAAGAGAAAUGGAAGAUGAUAAUUCAUGCUUGUUUCGUGCAAUCGAAGAUCCGGAGACCUAUUCUGAUGUGGUCCUUGGUAGAUCACGAGAUGAUUAUUGCGAAUGGAUUGCAAAGAAAAAUAGCUGGGGAGGGGCUAUUGAACUUUCAAUUUUUGCAUCUUAUUACAAAGUUGAAAUUCGUAGUGUCGAUGUUAAGUCUGGAAGAAUUGAUCGAUAUGAUUAUGAUUCGGUCGCUCUAACUCCAAUGAUUGGUGCUGAUCAAGAAUACGAUCAAACAGUUUUUGAUUCAUCAGAUGAACCCAUUUUGGGAGCAGUAAUGGGAGUUGCCGAAAAAAUGAAACAG